AUGCAAGAGCUCUGUCGUCGCAAGCCUGGAUCCCGACUCAGUGUGGCACAACAAGUUUGCAGAGAUCGAGAUGGCAACGUGGUGUCUGAUGGCUCAUCUGUCCAGAGUUCUCAACUCCUUGGUCGCGAAGGACUUCGAGAGCGACAGGCCCUAGGGCAGAUCAAGAGCAUCCAAAGUCUGGCGGCCCAGUCUGCACAGAGUCAUCGGCAGGUGGAAGCGGACAUGUUCCAAGUCCGACCUUCCAAACUGGUGGUGCCGUCACAAGGGUCGCCUGCUUCUAUGUUUGAGCCUUCGACCUGGGCAAUGGCAUUUCCGGACUUGUUCCCCUGGGGCGAUGGAGUUCCAUUUCUGAAGCGAGAGACUCGCAUGGAUGCAGCAGAGGUCUUCCGAUACCUGCUCAUCCGCGAGGAGCUGCAGUACAAGCUACCGUCAGAGUCGGAGCUUGUUUCUGCCCCUUUGCCACGAUGGUCUCUAUCAGAGACAUUGUUGCCUGUGAUGUACGAUGUGCAGCGACGAUUGGAGCUUAUGAAGUCUAACAAAGCAUAUGUGCAGCGUCGUGGCUUCGCAAAGCAUCUCAAUCUCAUCGCCAAUGUGAGCACAGAAGAUCUUUUGAAGGCAAUGGCAUUGCAUGGGGAAGCUGCGGACAUUCGAACUCUGAUGCAAGAUGCCAAUGUAGAUCCAGCUUUGAAACGUGCUCUGGGCGGAGUGCUGCAAUCAACCGCCAAUAUCAUCG